UGUUCCUUUGGAACCUUUGCUAGAACAAGGUUGGAUAUUUGCUUUAGAUGAUCAAAUCACAAUGUCUGAAUUCUACUCUAAUUUCCCAAUAGGAGAAACCAUCUCUACAAUGUUUACCCUCACAUUUUUUGCAAUGUUGAAUGCCCAUGUAAAGAUUAGCAAAUUGGAGGUUUCAAUUGAUGAUCAUAAACUAAAUAUAGAUCACGAGUUGUUUGUUCAAGGAGUUUCUAAUUUAAUUGCUGGAACUCUUCAAGUUUCCUUUGAGUAUGAAGAAUCAAUUUUAUUGAUUAAAUUGGGAGUAAAUAAUCAUGUUGCAGGACUGAUACUUGCGUUUUUGAUUGGUAUAACAGUAUAUUUUGGACAAAUAUUCAUCAACUACAUUCCUACAGUAGUCAUAGUCACAAUUAUCAUUUACUUGGGACUGGAGUUAAUAGAAGAAGCAUUAAUAGAUUCAUGGAAGUUUUCCAAUCAUUGUGAAUAUUCCAAUAUCAUAGUCAUAAUAGUUGCAAUAAUUACUAUUGGAUUUGUUGAAGGAAUA